AUGGCCACUGUUAACAUUCGCCGGGAUGUCACUGAUCCCUUCUAUCGCUACAAGAUGGAGAAGCUCCAGGCCAAGGUCGAAGGCAAGGGCAACGGUAUCAAGACCGUUGUCGUCAACCUCGACUCUGUCGCCAAGUCUCUGAGCCGUCCUCCUGCAUACCUCAUCAAGUACUUCGGUUUUGAACUCGGUGCCCAGGCCAACGCCAAGCCCACCGACGAACGCUGGAUCAUCAACGGUUCCCACGAUGCCCCCAAGCUCCAGGACUACCUCGAUGGUUUCAUUUCCAAGUUCGUUCUCUGCAAGAAGUGCAAGAACCCCGAAACCGAUGUCUCCAUCAAGGAUGAGAAAAUCACACUGGACUGCAAGGCUUGUGGUCAGCGUUCCGACGUUGACCCCCGCCUCAAGCUGAGCACCUUCAUUGUUCGCAACAACCCCAAGGGUGGCAAGAAGGACAAGAAGAAGACCCGCCGUGAGCGCCAGAGAGAGAAGUCUGCCAACGGCGAGGACGCCAGCCCUGGUGACAGCAACAACUCCGAGAACGGUGAUGAUGCCGAUGAGGCCCCUCAGGCCGGUAGCGAUGACGAGGUGAUCCGCCAGGCCCAGGCCAUUGAGGCUGAGACCGAGAUCAAGGAUGAUGAGUGGGCUGUUGACGUUUCCGAGGAGGCCGUGAAGGCUCGCGCGAAGGAUCUCCCCUCGGACCUCAAGCGUGCCCUUGUCAUCGAGGACGGUGACGAUGAAGGCGCCGACGGCCCCUCCUCCUACGAGCAGCUGGGCAGCUGGAUCAUCGAGACUGCCGCUGAGAAGGGUGGUGUUACCAACGUGUCCGACGUCGAGAUCUACCUGAAGGCCAAGGAGUUUGGCAUUGAGACCAAGCACAAGACCUGUGCCGUCCUUGCUCAAAGCAUCUUCGACGAGAAGAUUGCCAAGCAGAUCGAGGGUCGUGCCGGUCUCCUCAAGAAGAUGAUCAGCUCCGAGCGUCACGAGAAGGCCUUCCUCGGCGGUACCGAGCGCUUCGUUGGUCAGGACCACCCUGCUCUCGUUGCGCAGAUCCCUGCUAUCCUGCUGGGUUACUACCAGAACGACCUUGUGUCUGAGGAGACCCUCAAGGCCUGGGGCGCCAAGACCAGCAAGAAGUACGUCGACAUCGCCACUAGCAAGAAGAUCCACAAGGCUGCCAAGCCUUUCAUUGAGUGGCUCGAGAGUGCUGAGAGCGAUGAGGACAGUGAUGAGGAGAGCGAGUAG